AUGGCUUAUUUUCUGGUGUAUGUGGACGACAUAAUUUUAACUGGUAACAAUACAUCUUUUUUGGAUAAGUUUGUUACUGUUUUAGAUCACAGGUUUUCCAUUAAGGAUCUUGGUGCUCUCCAUCAUUUUUUGGGCGUAGAAGUGGUACCUACCUCCUCCAGCAUGUUUUUAUCUCAAGGUCAGUACUUAGCAGAUAUUCUCAAUCGGUUCAAAAUGGAAGGGGCAAAGGAGGUAUCCAUGCCUAUGGCUUCAGAUAUUGCACUUCAGGCCAAUGACUCUAGGCAUGUGAUAGAUGCAACAAACUAUCGGCGUCUAAUUAGUUUGUUACAAUAUCUAUUGAUUACUAGACCAGUUGUGGCCUAUGUGGUAAAUAAAUUGUCUCAGUAUAUGCAUGCGCCUAAUGAUGGUCACUGGCAAGCGGCAAAACGUGUGCUUCGUUAUCUAAAAGCCUUUUCAGAUUCUGAUUGGGGCAAUGUAAAUGACAAUGGUCGAUCCACUACUGCUUAUAUAGUUUAUCUUGGUACAAAUAUUAUAUCCUGGAAGUCUGCUCGUCAAAAGACAGUGUCAAGGUCAUCAACGGAAGCUGAGUACCGUGCUUUGGCUCAUGCGCAUGUUGCCUUGGAUUACUUCUUCGUUAGGGAUAUGGUGGCUGAUGGUUCUCUUUCUGUGUGUCAUGUAUCUUCUCAUGAUCAAGUGGUUGAUAUGUUAACUAAGCCGUUGGGUCGUGUGUUGUUUCAGCGGUUUCGGUCCAAGAUUGGCGUAACUGAUGGUUCCUCCAUCUUGCGGGGGCGUGUUAAGCAGUAG